CGCCCUGGCACAUGGGGGGCGGGAGCGCGCGCUCCACAGCUAUCCCGUCAUCAGCAGUGCACGCUAGGAGUCGUGAACGCGCACCUGCGUUCCUUCAGCUAGCUGUUUUAGAGUGAUAAACUCGCACACAUCACAAAAUGGCGGAUUCCGAUUCGUGGGACGCGGAGGAGUUCGAGCCGAAUGAGCCGCUGAAAACGGCGCCGGUGCUGCUGAAGGACCGGUGGGAGGGAGAAGACGAGGAGGACGACGUCAAGGAUAACUGGGACGAUGACGAUGAGGAAGAACAGAAGGUGGAGGAGAAAAAAACAGAGGUGAAAGUUCCAGAGAAGAAAAAACCGGGCGCUAAAAUCAAAGAGAAAGAAAAUGUAAAGGAGAAAAAACAAGAGGAGCUGAGGAAAAGGUUAGAAGAGACCCAGGACGGUUCGCAGCUCACGCCUGAAGAGCAGGCAGCAGAGAAACUGCGCUUGCAGAAGCUGCAGGAGGAGUCGGACCUGGCGCUCGCACGUGAAGCGUUCGGUGUUGACACGACGACCACAAACAGUGCCUCGGGGAUUGAAGCCAUGUGUCCCUCCACUAAGGAAGACUUUGUAGUUUUUGAGAAGUUGAUCAGAGACAAGAUUACACUGUUUGAAAAGUCGGUGCAUUAUUCCAACUUCUUGGAGUCGUUGUUUCGGGAGCUCUGUAUUUCACUGGAACUAGACGACUUAAGGAGAAUCAACAAUUCCCUGUCAGUUCUUCUCACUGAAAAGCAAAAGCAGGAAAAGGAAAAAGCCAAAGGUACUAAGAAGAAAAAGAAACUCGUCCUUGCCGGCGGCGGUCUGAAAGCAAAAAUGAAAGACGCCUUUGAAGAUUAUGGCGACAUUGACGGCGGCUACAAUGAGUAUGAGGACUUCAUGUGACAAAGGCUGAAUCGCAUCUCCCUCGCCGCCCCCCCCCCCCCCCCCCCAAGACAUGCAGCAUCCCCCGUCUCUCAUUUUCUCUCAUCAUCAGUGCCAUCCUGGAGUAAACUGAACUAAACACUGUGUCAGCCUUUUACUAUUACUGCUUCAGUGGUCAAAACAACUCUUAGUGAAGCUGCUAUCACCAAAAUUGCCGUUUGGUGACGAAAGGAAGAUCUAUCAAAUUGCCUUGUAUUUACAUCUCUGCCUCUGACAAAGACUUUAGGAUGCGAGACAUCUGUGCACAAGUGUCUUCUCUAAUUGGCCCACCUCAGAAAAUAAUCAUCAUAAUGCCUUAUGUGAAAUAUUACAGAAAACAUUGUUUAUUUUGGUUGGAACAAAGCUGAUGGUCUUUACCUCUGUGCAACUUUAUUUACAUAGAAACAAGUGUGAUAUUCUAUGCAAAAUAAUUGUAUACAGAAUGUCUAGGUUAAAAAACACACAAAAACAAAGUAUGGAUAUUUUCCUCUGGUGGAAAAUUGACACAGAAUUAUAUCUCUAUAUGAUUGCCAGUUGUCAGCAACAUCAGAUGCACAUAAUUCAACAAUUUUUUUUUCCCCCUUAAAAAUGUCAGUGCAUUUACAGCAGACACUACAUGAGAAGCACUGGUGGUAGGUACACUUCUUAUUGUUAUUUUUUAUUAAAGGAUGGAAAAGCAGGGAAAAAAAGUAAGUACAAUUUGUAAGUGGCAUUUCUUAUGAAGUGCUUUUGAAUUGUUCUGAAAGUGAAAUAACUUUCUUUCUUUCCAUUUAAAGGUUUACUUUGCUCUAAUGCUGGUAGAUUUAAACGACUCGUGCAGGAGUGUGGGGCUCGGUCUUUUGUUGUAACUUCUGCAGGUUUGUAGCAGUGAGGAGGAAGAUUAUGGGCUGAACAGAUGAAAAACUUUGGUCCCAAUAAAUAUUUGAGGUUU